CGCAUAAGAAGAGGUGUUCACACAGACAGAGCUGCUUUUUCAUCCACAGCGAGUAAAUAGUGAACCUCCAGGAGAGAAACAAACUAAAGUAUCGAUCAUAUACCACUACCAACGUUUGGAUCGAUAUCUGCAUCGAUCUGCACACCCUUGUCUCCUGGAUCGUAGCUGAGAUCAGCGUGAACCACGUGGGUCUCUGCUCCCUGACCUGUUUCCUGUUUGGAAAGAGUUCCAGCUUCAUCACGGAGUUUCUCUCGGUUUGUGGGCUCAUCUAAAGGACCAACGUGGUUCGAGAAGUCAGCUCUCUCAGGAGGCCGACAAUUUAGUUGAAGAAAGAAGUGGAAGAAAAAAAUACAACCGUGACGAGUUUGGGAAAGAUUUCACUGUGAAAGCUUCCCUAAAAAUGCAUCAGGUCAUCCACACCGGAGAGAGACCAUUCAGCUGUGGAGACUGUGGAAAGUCUUUUACCAGGUCUGGAAGCUUAAAAAGACACCAACUAAUCCACACUGGAGAGAGACCGUUCAGCUGUGGAGACUGUGGAGAGUCUUUUGCCAGGUCUGGAAGCUUAAAAACACACCAACUCAUCCACACUGGAGAGAGACCAUUCAGCUGUGACGAGUGUGGAAAGUCUUUUACUCACUCUGGAAGCUUAAAAACACACCAACUCCUCCACACCGGAGAGAGACCAUUCAGCUGUGGAGACUGUGGAAAGUCUUUUAUCCACUCUGGAAGCUUAAAAACACACCAACUAAUCCACACUGGAGAGAGACCGUUCAGCUGUGGAGACUGUGGAAAGUCUUUUACCCAGUCUGGAAGCUUAAAAACACACCAACUAAUCCACACUGGAGAGAGACCGUUCAGCUGUGGAGACUGUGGAAAGUCUUUUACCCAGUCUGGAAGCUUAAAAGCACACCAACUAAUCCACACUGGAGAGAGACCGUUCAGCUGUGACAAGUGUGGAAUGUCUUUUACCGAGUCUGGACACUUAAAAUCACACCAACUCCUCCACAGUGGAGUUAAAGCGUACACCUGUGAUCAGUGUGGCAGAGCUUUUACUCACAGUCACAGCUUACAGAGUCAUCUUGUUACCCACUCUGGAAUUAAGGCGUACAGCUGUGACGUUUGUGGAAAAACUUUCAGCCGGAUAGGGAGCCGAAACAUUCACCUACGCAUUCACACCAGACAUGAUGUGUACAGCUGUGAUCAGUGUGGUAAACAGUUUACUACAAACACAGAGUUACGGCGUCAUAUGUUUACCCACACUGAGGAACGACCUUAUAAAUGUGACCUGUGUGAGAAGACUUUUAAAUCUCCACAUUACCUGAAAGCACACCAACAGAUCCACACCAGAAAGACUCUACAAGUGCAGUUACUGUGAGGUAUGUAUUUAUAUUUUUAUCUUGUCAGCCCGACUGUUUGAAACAACUCUGCUCAUCAAAU